UGGUAGGCAGCCUCUAAAAUGGUCCCAAUGAUUUCUGAUUUCUGGUAUUCAUAUUGUGCUAUUUCCUCCCUACUACUGUCAGCUGGACCUGGUAACUCACUUCUAACAAAUAGAAAAACUGAUGGAAUGCUCUUUCUGAGACUAGGUUACAAAAGACUGUGACUUCCUUUUUGCUCAGCUUCUUGUAAUCUCUCACAUGGAGUCCUCAAUCUCGGGGAAACCAGUGUCAUAUUGUCACCGAUACUAUGGAAAUGCCCACAUGGCAAGAAAAUGAUGUCUUCAGCCAAAAGCUAGUGAGGAUAUGAGGUCUCAUUACAGACUCAUGAGUGAGCUUGGAAAGAUAUUCCCCCAAAUUGAACACUGACACAAUUUGAUUGCAGCCUUUUGGGAUAUUCCUGAUCCAACUAAACUGUGAGACAGUGCUUGCUGUUUUAAGAUAUUAAGCUUUGUUCAACUAUGCCUUUCUGCCAUGAUGCUCUGUCCCACCCACCUCAGGUGUAAAGCAGUGGAGUCAACUGACCAUGGACUGAGACCUCUGAAACUGUGAGCACAAAAUAAGCUUUUCCUACUCUAGGUUGUUCUUAUCAGGUAUUUUGGACAGUGAUGAACAGUUAUGGUUAGAAUAUAUUUUUCUAUACCAAGAUUAUAAAAAUAUCCAUUCCCUAUUUUAUCCAUGUAAUCCUGACUCCAUAUAGAAUUGUUUUGCAGCACUGGGGAUCAAGCCCAGGACCUCAUUCAUACUUUGCAAGUACCAUACACCCCCAGCCCCAUAUGAUACAAAAGGCCAUAUUUAUCAUGUAUCAUGUAUUAAAGUCCCACAUAUACACUAUUUUAAGAUGUAGCAAAUACCAUGUGGCAAACAAAAUGUCUUAGAAUUCUUCAAGCCUAAGAAAGUAUAACUACAGUAAGAAUGGUUUUCAGUAUCAACCCAGAUAUGCAGGGAUAGAAAAAAGAUGUCUGGGUGCUUAGCUGUUGAAUAGAGGCUGGGGGAGGGUCAAAUACAGUUGAUGAUAUAAUAAAGAGUGGUAGGAUUCUGUCUGGAACUCCAUAGGCCUAAAGGAAAGACUCUGGCAACCUUCUUAAGACUGCUGUACUCUUGAGUGCUGAGGUCCAAUUCUAUGGCUUCUCUGGAUACCUUGGUGUUCAGUUAACUUUCAGACAAAGCUGCUGUGUAAAGAACUAAGGACAAAGAAAUUUCCCUUUGGCAGAGUAAGAGUCCAUGGAGCCCCAGAAGCUGCUGAGCAUUGUAUUUCUGUUGUGUUCACUGACUUGCUCCUUGUUGGUGACAGUAGCUUCCCCUCCUUCGCCAUUAUAUGAUUUUGGAAUUCAAGAAAACGCAGGACUGAAACCACGCUCAAGGGGAGACCAGAGGUCUUGGCUGAGCGACUUCUGGGAUUACCUGUGGGACCUCAUCAUGAGCUCCAUACCUCCAGCAGCCAUUUUUGCUUUUCUUAUCACCAUAUCACUAAUGGGGACCCUCUGUUGCCUAACUAUUCUUAUAGGUGAACCAGUCCACUGAAGAACUAGAAGACUGAUUAGGGCAAUUGUGGUGUUUGGUUUUCCAGAUUUCAAGACAAUGGAAAAUGUAUUGUUUGCUUAAAAUGAUGUUAAAUUAUUAAAUUAUAUUCUGUCUUAAA